UUUCCCUUUAAUUUUGCUGUUCUUUGUUUCUCUAUGAUGCCGAAUACCGCUUUAUCGUCCACCCAUCCCACCGCCACCGUCGAUCCCACAUCGUUAUUGGGUAAACGAAUAGAUCACAAAACCAUUGGGCUCGUGUCGAUCCUUGGUAUCGGCGCCUACGGUGUUGUUUACCUUGGUCGUCAUAUCUACACCGGUCGACCUUAUGCCGUAAAAUUGCUAGCCAGCAAUAAAACCACCCAGCAAGAAAUCGAACUUCAUUCUCGACUGUCCAGUCACAUCAAUGUCUUAUCUUUCGACAAGGUGGUUCGUGAUGGAAGCAUGACGUUUUUAGUUUUGGAAUACGCCCCUGAAGGCGACCUUUUUGCCGCCAUUGUUCACCCGACUCAUGGGUUGGCUGGUAACAAUCGAGCGAUUCGACAUAUCUUCCUUCAAAUUAUCGAUGCCGUACAACACUGCCACCAACACGGAAUUGCUCACCGCGAUCUCAAACCGGAGAACAUUCUCAUGUUUCCAAACUGGCAAGUGAAGCUUGCCGACUUUGGGUUAGCCACGUCACAGCUGGUUUCUGCAGAAUUUGGCUGUGGAUCUUCCUUUUACUUUUCUCCUGAAUGUCAGGGUGGGAUGAUACGUGGUCAUCAGCGUAUUCGCGGUUACAGUACACAACAGAAUGAUAUCUGGAGUUUAGGUGUUAUCCUGAUUAAUUUUACGACUGGACGAAAUCCUUGGAGACGAGCCAAUAUGCAGGAUACCACCUUUGCAGCCUACGUUCGCAACCCACAUUGUUUCUUCAAAAAGAUAUUACCCUGCAUCUCUGACGAACUCGACAGCAUUUUAUCGCGCAUCUUUUGCCUGGAUCCGGCCCUUCGUAUAUCACUGCCUGAACUUCGGUUACGCAUUCUUCACUGUCGUUCAUUUACUCGUGAGGAACAACAGCUGUUGACCGAACUACCUCGCCCUAUCCGAUCAUCGCCUAAAACCACGAAGACCAUGCAUCCAGCGCUACCGUCCAUGGAAUACACGCAUUCCACUGCGCAAGCCAUGCUUCACUACGUUGGCGAUUACACUGAUGAAAUCGAGCAUGCAACCACCGUUUCUCCUUGUCCAGUCAAACCCUGUAUUGCAUCGCCGACAGCUGCCGUGGGUUUGCGUGGAUUCAAAAUUCACAGUUCCACGCAACCUCGCCGGUCUUCAGUGCAAGCCGUUCCUCCACCAGCAUUCCCACCACCAUCCUCACGUUUACCCCCUGUGCCUGUGCCUGCCCCUGUUACGCCGCCCACACCCGCUUCCUACUCCUCUUCAUCCUGCUCCUCGUUGUCUUCCAUCGACUCAGCCGAUUACCCCCACAGUGUCGCUUCAACCCGAAAUAAGCAUCAAGAUACGGCAGUGGAGAUUGCCAUCCAUCAUUUUCCUCUAAUGAACUUUAUUCACUCAUAAUCAACUACUAUUUACCACUAUUAUUCUAAUGUCACAUCUUCUGUUUAGGAGAAUUGCUACUUUUUUUUUUGUUUCUAUUUGUAUAUUAUCAUACCACAUACUCAAAAAUGCAUCGUACAUACUAAAAGUUUCAAAAAGGAACAAGAUUAAAGUUUACCACAAUUUUCGGCUUGUUUGUUAUCAAG